AUGUCUCUUCGUCCGUCCACUGCUCCUUUGCGUGCCCCUUUGCCUUCUCCUCCUGAGUCCUCUCUUCCUGCACUUGCCGACCCGGAGUCGAACUCUCUUCGUGUUGCCAGUCCUACUGUGACGCGUCUCCUUGCUACUGUUGUCACUGACCCCUCCUUUGAGUCCACUGCUGCGUAUGCUCUAGUUGCUGAGCUUGUCGACUUUGCUGCUCGCUGUCGUCUAGACUACGCUGCCAGUCUUGUUGCUGAGUCUGCGUCUGUCUGUCCUCCGUCCGUCGGGGGUGAGUGUGCUCUUGGCAUGGACGUCCUUGAGGACAGGCAGGAGGAGUUCCAGUGUCUGGCUGCUGCUUCACCUCAUCUCGUGUCCGUACUGCUUACCCUUGAGGGAGACCCGGAUGCACUUGACAUCCCAACUCCGCGCUCUUACGUGGAGGCCGUAGAGGGUCCCUACUCCUCUCAGUGGCAGGCAGCUAUGGAUGCAGAGGUGGCUUCCUGGAAGUCCACAGGCACCUACGUUGACGCGGUUCCCCCACCUGGGGCGAACAUCGUCAGUGGCAUGUGGAUCUUCAGGGUGAAGCGGCCGCCAGGUUCUCCACCUGUCUUCAAGGCGCGGCAUGUGGCUUGUGGCUUCAGUCAACGGCAGGGAGUUGAUUACAUUCAGACCUUCUCUCCCACCCCGAAGAUGAGCACUCUUCGGGUGCUGCUGUACAUAGCCGCUCAGCGCGACUACGAACUUCACUCUCUUGACUUCAAAACUGCCUUCUUGCAGAGUAGCCUGCACGAGGAGAUCUGGCUGCGCCGCCCACCUGGCUUCACUGGGUCUUUUCCUCCUGGCACCCAGUGGGGCCUCCGGUGGCCAGUUUACGGUCUCCGCCAGGCACCGCAUGAGUGGCACGACACACUGAGGACUACACUUGCGGCUCUUAAGUUUGCUCCCUCUACUGCCGACCCGUCGCUGUUUCUGUGCACCGACACCUCUUUGCCGCCGUUCUACAUCCUCGUGUACGUCAACCACUUGGUCUUUGCCACUGCCGACACUGCUCGACUCGCCCACGUGAAACCGGAGCACACAGCUGCAACGAAAAGGGUGUUGCGCUACUUGUGCAGUACGUCGGGCAUGGGGCUAGUGCUUGGAGGGCAGAGUCCAGUGGUCCUCACUAGGCACGCAGACGCUUCUUGGGCUGACGACCAGGCUACACAGCGGUCGUCACAGGGUUACACCUUCAGCCUUGGUUCCGGCUCUGUUUCGUGGCGGGCUACUCGCUCGUCUUCCGUUCUCGGCUCCACUUGUGAGGCUGAGAUCUACGUAGGAGCCAUGGCUGCUCAGGAGCUUUGCUGGCUCACCUACCUGCUGACUGACCUCGGAGAGCCGCCUCGUUCUCCUCCAGUGCUGUCGUAG